AUGGGACCUAUGAAAACCUUUAGAUCCUUUGCGAGCGCUUUUGAAGGUGAAGUGCAUGGUGGAUGCAGAGUGGAUUUGAAUUUUCCCACAACCCUCAUGGAUUCUAAUACCCUCACCCUCAUGGCCACUUCAACUCUAGAGCCUCAUGAUGCCAUGGAGUUUGAAUCCCAUGAAGCCGCGUAUACAUUUUACAAAGCAUAUGCCAAGUCUGUGGGCUUCGGCACUGCUAAGUUGAGCAGUCGUCGGUCUAGAGCAUCCAAGGAAUUCAUUGAUGCCAAAUUUUCAUGCAUUAGAUAUGGCAAUAAGCAACAGUCUGAUGAUGCCAUUAAUCCUCGACCUUCUCCGAAAAUUGGUUGCAAGGCAAGCAUGCAUGUGAAGCGCAGGCCAAAUGGUAAUUGGUAUGUCUAUAGUUUCGUAAAGGAGCACAACCAUGAGCUCUUACCAGCUCAAGCACAUUUCUUUCGCAGCCACAGAAAUACAGACCCGCUUAACAAUGAUGUUAGAAUACGGAGACGGAAGAAUUUAGCUGCAGUAUCCAGCCUCUUCAGUGCCUAUCAAAAUGUUGAUUGUUUAGAGAGUUACUUGAGAAAUCAGCAUGACAAGGGACGGAGUUUGGUUUUAGAAGCAGGGGAUGCUCAAGUGCUACUUGAAUAUUUUAUGUGCAUGCAGGAAGAGAAUCCAAAAUUCUUCUAUGCAGUUGAUCUAAAUGAAGAGCAUAGGUUGAGAAAUGUGUUCUGGGUUGAUGCCAAAGGAAUGGAAGAUUACACUAACUUCAAUGAUGUUGUUUUCUUUGACACCACAUACUUCACUAACAAGUAUAAAAUACCCUUGGUUCUUUUUAUAGGAGUGAACCAUCAUAUUCAACCCACAUUACUUGGCUGUGCAUUGAUUGCAGACGAGACAGUUUAUACUUUUGUCUGGCUAAUGCAAACCUGGUUUAUAGCAAUGGGGGAACAGGCUCCACGAGUAAUACUGACCGACCAGAACAACGCCAUCAAAGCAGCUAUUGCAGCAGUAUUUCCAGGCACAAGCCAUUGCUUUUGUUUAUGGCAUAUAAUGGAGAAGAUACAUAGGCAUCUCGAGUUUUUGAGCAUGUGGCAUGAUAGUUUUGUGGGAAAAUUUAAUAAGUGUAUUUUUAAGUCCUGGUCAGAACAACAAUUUGAAAAGAGAUGGUGGAAACUACUUGAUAGAUUUAAUCUCAGGGAGGUUGAAUGGAUGCAGUCCUUGUAUGACGAUCGUACUCAUUGGGUGCCUACUUUCAUGAGAGAUAUAUCCUUUGCUGGGCUGUCUCCAACUUCACGGUCAGAAAGUCUCAACUCUUCGUUUGACAAAUAUAUUCACGGGGAAACUUCACUGCGUGAGUUUAUGGAAAGAUACAGAGUAAUUCUUGAAGAUAGGUAUGAAGAGGAAGCAAAAUCAAAUUUUGAUGCUUGGCAUGAAACACCUGAGUUGAAGUCUCCAUCACCUUUUGAGAAACAAAUGUCACUAGUGUACACGCACGAGGUUUUCAAAAACUUCCAAGUUGAGGUUCUGGGUGCAGCUGCUUGUCAUCUUAAGAAAGAAAAUGAAGAUGGCACGUCGACAACAUACAGUGUAAAAGACUUUGAAGACAAUCAGAAUUAUGUAGUGGAGUGGAAUGAAUCAAAAUCAGAUAUAUAUUGUUCUUGCCACUCAUUUGAAUAUAAAGGCUAUCUGUGUAGACAUGCUAUUGUUGUUCUUCAAAUGUCUGGUGUUUUCACAAUCCCUUCCAAAUAUAUAUUGCAACGAUGGACAAAUACUGCUAUGAGCAGGCAUGCCAUUGGCGAAAGAUUGGAUGAGGUUCAGUCUAAAGUCCGUCGUUACAAUGAUUUAUGUCGACGAGCUAUAAUACUGGGUGAGGAAGGGUCACUAUCUCAAGAGAGUUAUGAUGUAGCAUUAUGUGCCAUAAAAGAAGCUUUGAAGCAAUGUGCAAGUUUGAACAAUGCUGUUGAGAACAAUGCAAAACCUAAUGACUCAGCAAUACAUGGUAUUUGCGGUGUUGAUGAAGAGAAUCAAUGCGGCACAGCAUCUGGUGACAAGUUGUUUGGUCCUAAAGUGAGUAAUGCCAACAAGACUCCUAGAAGAGCUGGGUCUGGGAAGGAGGUGGCUAGGAAUGAGAACACUGCAAGCAAGAAAGGAAAGGUACCUGAUGGUGGCGGUUUAUAUAUGGUACCUCAGCUGGAAGCUACGAGUGUUGGAACACAAGAUGGCUUUUACCAAAUGCAACUCCCUGACACAAGGGCGAUGCAGUUGCGGAACACGGUGCCGUCGACAAUGUUUCAAAAUGUUGCAUCAGCAGCACAGUUCCAUAAUGUGGCAUCAACACAUGUGCAUGAGAAUCAUCUCCCUCAAUAA